AUGGCUUUGGUGCAAUACUCUGAGUCGGAAUCCGAGUCAGACAAUGAGCCGCCCCAGCGUCCAGUUAAAAGGCCUCGUCAGACCAGCAAUCAACCCUCACUCCCACCAUUGCCCGCGGCUUUCCACGAUCUCUACGCCUCCAGCACUCGCGUCAGCGUAAGAGACGACCCCAGUCUCCACGGAGGCCGGAAAAGAGUCAUUCCCCAUGUCGAAGGAAACUGGCCGACCCACCUUUACUUGGAGUGGUAUCCUUCGAAGGACGAGCUUUCUAUUCUUGGCGAUGUCAUAGAUCAGAUCAACGACAGGCUUGACAUCAGCACGACACAGCUCCAUAGCCUGCUACAUAGUGACCUUGGCGCGCAGCUGCCACUCCACAUCAGUCUUUCCAGACCGGUGGUGCUAAGAACAGAACAGAGGCAACCCUUCUUGAAGGAGUUUCAGUCAGCGUUGAAAGAGUCUCCAAUACCAUCGUUCGACGUCUCGACAAAAAGUCUAGACUGUGUCUCGAAUUACGAGAAGACACGGUGGUUCUAUGUCCUGCGCGCAGACAAGCCAGAGGAGGAUAAUUUGAACCGCCUUCUUCGACUCUCAAAUCGGUCACUUGCUCGGGUUGAGCAACCACCGCUAUACGAGACGUCGCAGGAUGUGGCGGCAGUGCUGGAGUCAAAAAGUCGUACGGCACAGCCCCAGGUGAGUCGUGGAACUGGCCAGACCCGGGGUGAUUAUUCGCACUGUUUUCAUGUGUCGCUGGCAUGGAGCUUAACGGGUCCAUCUUCUGAAGAAAGAGAGGAGAUAGUAAGUAUAGAUUUACAGAAGGUACAUGGGUUGAAUAUUCGUUUUGAUUGUGUAAAGGUGAAGAUUGGAAAUAAUGUUUCGAGUAUACCGCUUUUUGGUGGCAACUAA